UGUAGUUGAACAAGAAAGCUUGCUAGCAGGUAGGCACGGUGUGUGGAGGGGGUGUACAAGCAGUGGGAGAAUAGAGCAUUCAAUAUGCAAUAACAUGACAAGGUCCAUGAUUGCGAAUCUAAAUGAAUGUAAAAUAUAGAGUAUAGUGCAGAGCCAGUGUAAAGUGGCAGUUUAAAGUGUGGCAGUGUGAAGACUGAAAUAUGAAACGUAAAAGUGACAGUGCAGUACUGUCAGCCACAUCAAAGUUGACUAGCUGGUCGUCGGGAUAUGUCAUUGUAUGUGAACAAAUUCACACGUACAUUAAUUACAUACAUUAAUAACAGGUCAAAUGUCUAAAAAUACUCUUCAAACAAUUUCACACAUACUACAAAAAAACCCAAACCAAACCAAAACAAACAAACAAAAAUAAACCGCUGCCAAACUAGCGCUCUUAAAUCACCGAUGGGACUUCUUUUUUUCCAUUCUCCUCUUCUUCCGGUUGAUGACGCAAGCGUGUUCUGAGCAUGCCUACAAAGGUCGAACGUAAACAAAGAGCCGGAGCAGCCCCGCGCUAACCGACCGACCUGCCAGCGACUCCGUGUUCACCGUCAGAUCUGCCAUGGAGAACGUGUUGUCGUGCCGAGCCAGCGUCUACUUGGACCAGGGCGGCAGGAAAUACAUGGAGGACUUCGUUCGCCUGAGACGGGACGACGAGCCGAGCGAGGAUGAGUUGAAUGCUGCCGAACAUGGCGAGACGGAAGUAGAGAUCGGGAACGGUGAACUUGAAAACGUGCCCGCGGAACCGGGGGCUCCGGCGACUCCGGUAACGGCGGCCGAGGGACCGCGGUUGACCGAGAACGACGGGCGUCGCUCCGCGGAGUCGAGACACACCGGUCCCCCCCGCGCUGUCGCCUUCUACGCGGUGUUCGACGGCCACGGCGGGCCGGACGCGGCGUGCUACGCUCGGGAGCAUUUGUGGGAUCUUAUCAAGAAGCAGCGAGGCUUCUGGUCCCGAGACGACGAGGAGGUGUGCACGGCUAUACGCAAGGGCUUCAUCGCUUGCCACCAUGCCAUGUGGAAGAAACUGCCGGAGUGGCCGAGGACAGCCACUGGCCUUCCCAGCACGUCCGGAACGACUGCAAGUAUUGCUGUGAUUCGACGUGAUCGUUUGUACGUGGCCCACGUUGGGGACUCGGCCGUGGUCCUGGGGGUACAGGACGGUCCCUCUGAAGACACCCUUCGAGCUGAGGAAGUAACACAGGAUCAUAAGCCUGAACUUCCCAAAGAGAGGAAGAGGAUCGAGGCACUGGGAGGCAGUGUAAUAAAAAAGUCUGGGGUAAACAGAGUUGUUUGGAAAAGGCCCAGACUAACUCACAAUGGACCAGUCAGAAGGAGCACUGUCAUAGACCAGAUCCCCUUUCUUGCAGUAGCUCGAGCCCUAGGGGAUCUGUGGAGUUAUGACUUCUACAGCGGGGAGUUUGUCGUUUCACCCGAGCCUGACACCGCUGUCAUCAAGCUAGAUCUGAAGCGGCACCGUUACAUCAUCCUGGGCAGCGAUGGCCUGUGGAACAUGGUUUCGCCCCAAGAGGCAGUGACCAUUUGUCAGGAUACUGAUCGGGCCAAGGCUAGGUGCCAAAGGACUAAGGCAAACGUUUGUAGUGCCCAUGAGCUGGUGAACAGUGCCCUGCAACGAUGGAAUCAGCGCAUGCUUCGUGCAGACAACACCAGUGCUAUAGUCAUUUGCUUGGAGCCAGUGGGGACAUUUUCUGAGCCCUUGUCUCCACAUGAGGUCAUCUAUAACCUAGAAGGAGCAAAGUGUUCCUCUGUUGCUGGAUCUCCUUCCAAGAGUACAGAUGUCCAGGUCCCAGAGACAGCCGUUUCCUCUUCUUCCUGCGAAGUAGAACCAACCCUGGGCCAGCAAAGAACAGAGAAUGGAACACGCAGUUGUACAUUAUCUGGAUUUCCUCUCACAAGCCCUCGCUUCCUUCGUCGAGAUCUUGGUAAUAAUUGCAGCAGUAAUGACCCGGUAUCUGCAGGCAAACGGAUGCUGGAGGAUCUCUCUGUCCCCGCAGGCAAGAGGCCUCGCCGUAGCAUUCCGCAGAGCCCACACAGCCACGCCUCCCCGUGCACGUCGCGACGGCGGUACGGCGAGCGGGCUGCACUGAGACGCGGUGGCAAAGGUCGGAAGCAGCCUGACGACGUCCGGGGUCUGCUUAAGGAGCACGGAAAUCCUACCGUGUGUGUUUGUUGACAUUCCUGUCCGCUCCUGUACUCUCACAGUCCUGUUGGGCGGUUGCGUUCAAACUCCGAUUACACUUCAAAUAAGCUACUGAAAAGCCAGGCUUUAAAGCUACUUGCUUAGGGGGAGGGAAAAAAAAAAACAGUGGUUCAAUUUUAAGAAAAGCGCGGAUACGAUAUAGUGUACUGCUGUCCAUUUAGCAUAUUGUGACACAUUUAUUGUGUUCAUGCUUUUGUCGUGUGAAGCUGUAGUGGAACUGUUAGACGCUCAAGCAUUCUGUCACUUGUCACAUUACCUACAAUGUUUUUUGUAUUUUGUAAUCUUGUAAUGCCACAGUCUAAUCAAGUACCCAUUAUGGGCCUUCUACUUAUCUGGGGUUCGUACACUUUAUGUUGAAUUCCAGACGUCUUCCAUUCAUCAUGGUGGAAGGAUUGUGAGAAAAUUCAACAAAUGACUGCAUAUCUUCUGAGAAGAUAUCACUCCUUGCAGCUGACUUGUACAUAUUCCAAAGAGCAAUUUUUAAGAACCAAUUACUUUGAGGAAUUCAAUAAUCUAUGUAUUUUUAUACACUUUGUUUUAAAGAAGGUAGACAGUUUCAUAUAGGAUUGAAUCUUAACCUCCUAUUACUAUAUAUGAUCUUACCUCAGCAUACAAGCAAGAGAUGUAUACACCUCUGGGUUUUUGUUUUUAAAAUGCAUACUAAUAUCCUGUAUAUCUCAUUUACAUAUUAAUAUUUGUUUGUUGGGUUUAUGUUUUAAAGUUGUUUUCUUAAUUGUGAGACUUUGUGUGAAACUUAAGGUGCUGCUAUGCUUAACUGGGUAAAAUAAAAACAAACGUGAUAAACAUUAAAA